UGUUUUGUGUGAAUUGCACAGUUGGCAGCUCUGACAAUUUAUUCCCGUGUUACAGAUGUUCCUAGUGUUUUUGGUGUGCAUGGUUAUGAUAUAGAACAAUAAAUUUCACGAAAUAUCUCAAAACUUGCGCCGCAAUCGUCCCAUUAUGCCGCCAUUACUCAUCCACAUGAAAUCAAUGAAAUGUUGUCAAAUCGGAGGUAUCACAGCUUGCUUUUUUAGAUCUUGAUUUAAAAAAUAAAAGAUAACUGAUAGCGAGGAGGAAGUUAAAUAUUUUGUGUAUCAGGCUCGCUAUUGCUCUCUGAGAUUCUUAUGCUGGAACAUUGCCGUCUUUCUGUGUUUUCGACCAAACCAUGUGUUAUUUUAUCACGGCGGAUAGCAGCUUAGGAGUUUUUGUAGAACUAUAUCGAAAUCCCAUUAUAUUAUUUUAAUAAGAGAUAGUUAAUAUGACUGGAUAUAAUAGAUGUUUACAAUGUGCGACACAUCGUCAGAAAACGGUGAAAUUCGAUUCCUGUAUCCCGAGUUAAAAUUCAUUCAGUGUGUAUAGGACCGGAACAUGCGACCCAAGUAAACGGGCUUUUUAUCAAAUCAUCUUCUCAAAGAUUGUGGCUUUUAUUCAGGAUUAUCACACACUUCUCUUCCAUGGAUUUACAAAGUGGUGGAGUAAUUUUACAGCCUUUGUUGAAAUGAGUUAGCGACAUUCGAAAAAAAAUUCUAAAGGACUUUGAUUUCAAAUCUUAAAGAAUAAACAUGGAGAAAGGCAGACCUGAGAGGACACGACUACAGACAGACAAAUGUCUGCGGUGCUCUCUUUGGAUGUUUUCCGGGAUUGCCAUAUCCCUUAUGGUGAUUUUACUUGGAUUUACAAUAUGGACGUUAGUGUCCUAUCAGAAUACAGUUAUCUCCCUUCAGUCAAGGGUAGACAAACUUGAAGUGGAUUUACAAUUAUUAAAAUCUGAAAGAGAGAAUAUAAUUUCUAGCAAAGUUGAAGAGGAAGUUUCCAAGAAACUGCAACUAGUAACGGCGCAGCUACCCAACUUCUACACGCAUUCCCAACCUCGAUAUAAAAGACAGUCAUGUACCUGUCGAGGUCAAAAAGGCGAAAGGGGGGACAGUGGGUUUCCGGGUCCCAUGGGGCAAACAGGACCAAAGGGCAAUACUGGUGAACCGGGUCCUAGAGGACCAAAGGGAGAUAAAGGAGACAAGGGAAAUGAGGGUUUACCUGGAUAUGACGGGGCACCAGGACCAAAGGGGGUUAAAAGGUCAAUACGAUUCCAAGACGAAACGUUCCGAAAUAUAGUAGACCUUAAGGGGGCGUCUUAUGAAGUUAUUACAAUAAAGGGUGAACCAGGGGAGAAGGGCUCCAAGGGGUUGCAGGGCGAUCCAGGUGCACCGGGACCCAAAGGGGAUACAGGGUUACCCGGAUUUGAUGGCCUACCUGGACCAGCCGGACCACAGGGACCCCCUGGGCCUAAAGGCGAUCGAGGUGUUCCUGGCAAUCCGGGAGUACCGGUAGCUGGUCUCAUGUUAUCUGUACCCAAUUCAAGGGGUUAUCCCGCAGGGUAUAUAAAGGGCGAGAAAGGGGAUUUAGGACCACGGGGUGAAAUAGGACUACCGGGAUUACCAGGUGUCAGAGGACAAAAGGGUGACAGAGGGAGGCGCGGCAAAAAGGGUAAACGAGGAAAACGAGGUAUUGGGAGACCAGGGCCACGGGGACUUCUGGGUAAAAGAGGACUUCCGGGUGAAAAAGGUGCCAAAGGUGAUGAAGGGGCACCAGGGGAACAGGGCGAGCGAGGAUUGGGUAUUCCUGGGAAAGAUGGCAAACCAGGCAUCAGAGGAGUUCCCGGGGAGAAAGGCGACAAGGGAGAUCAGGGUCCCGAGGGACCCCCGGGACGUGACGGACAGAUAGGUCCCCCAGGACUACCGGGCCCACCAGGGGAUACAAGCAUAAUAAACAGCUCGGACUUGAAAGGAGUUACUCGAGUUAUUCCCGGACCACCAGGACCCCCUGGUCCACAGGGACCAGUAGGUUUACAGGGAAGACCAGGGAUAAAGGGUGAAAAAGGUCCAGAGGGUCCAAAAGGAGAAAUGGGAGAAAAGGGCGAGGAUGGACAGAUGGGACCAAUGGGGUUACCAGGGCGAUUUGGGCCACAAGGGGAAAAAGGAGAGAUUGGUGAUAGAGGUCUACAAGGCCCGAUGGGCCCGCCAGGUCCCCCCGGGCCUCUGAACACGGUGGGUGAGGCUGCAUGUACAUGUCAGAAAGGAGAAAAGGGGGAUAGGGGAAGAAGGGGCAAACGAGGAAUGAAAGGAAUACAGGGUAUGCCAGGUCUAGAUGCCCCGUGUCCUGUUGGUGAGAACGGUCUCCCAUUACCUGGUUGUGGUAUUCAGUAUUAUACAAAGGUAACAUGCAUGCUCCACAAAACCGUGCAUGGUGUUACCCAAUCUACAGUCUAAGACUUUAUUUUCUUGUUUUGAAAUCUUCUUUUGAUAAUAAUUCAUUUAAGUAUUGCAUGGCAUCUCUUUAUUACGAUUUGUUGUCAAUAUUGUAAGAUGUACAAAUUCUGGAUAGCUCUACAGAAAUGCUUGAAGUGUUUUCAGUGAAUACU